GUACAGAUGAGAUUUAAUAUCCAAGAGUCAAAGUUCUUGAAAAUCAUCAACAUUAUGGGUACCGUCCAGCAACCAUGGGAGCAGAUCGUCUCUGAAAAACGUGCAAUCCGAGAAAAACUGCUGGCACCGUAUUUGGUCGACAUUGAGCAUCGAGUCCCUCGAGUCGAUCAUGUGGAUUAUCGGACUCGGCUAGAGGAUGAGCCUGAAGUCCAAUGGAUCACGGAUAUGGACCUGAUCGGCCUGUUGAAGCGACUGGAGAUGGGCGAGUUCACUGCGCACCAAGUCAUUCAAGCGUAUAUCAAACGGGCGGUAGUAGCACACCAGUUGACCAACUGUUUGACCGAAAUUCUAUUCGAGGAAGCCCUACAACAAGCUCAAAAACUAGACGUCGAGUUCAGCAGGACCGGAAAGCUACAAGGCCCUUUACAUGGCAUUCCCAUCACGCUCAAGGAUCAAUUCAACGUCAAGGGCGUUGACUCAACUCUGGGAUAUGUAGGGAGAUCCUGGCAGCCCGCUAGUGAGGAUGCAGUCCUGGUGCAGAUAUUGAAGAACAUGGGGGCUAUUGUCAUUGCAAAGACGAAUCUGUGUCAGAGUAUUAUGUGGGCAGAGACCGAGAAUCCUCUCUGGGGAUUAACAACCAACGCCAGAAACCCUGCCUUUACGCCCGGCGGCUCAACUGGAGGGGAAGGUCCAUUACUAGCACUCCACGGCUCAAUCCUCGGCUUCGGCACGGAUAUAGGAGGAAGUAUACGGAUCCCCCAGAGCUUCGCAGGUCUCUACGGACUAAAGCCGAGUAGCAGCCGCUUCCCCUACGAAGGCGUCCCCGUCUCAACCCAAGGCCAAGAACACGUCCCUUCAUCCAUCGGACCCAUGACCCGCGACCUCUCCUCCCUAACAUACAUUACAAAACAAAUCGCCUCCUGCGCCCCCUGGACUCUCGAUCCCCGCUGCACGCCUCUCCCCUGGAACGAACCAAUCUUCACAUCCACCCAAUCCAAACCCCUCACCAUCGGCCUCAUCCUAAACGACGGCAUAGUCACCCCCCACCCCCCGAUAACCCGGGCCCUCCACGAACUCUCCUCCGAACUGGCCGCGCAAGGCCACGAGCUAGUUGCCUGGGAUACGUCUGACCACGCAGACUGCAUCGAAAUAAUGGACGCCUUCUAUACGGUCGACGGCGGCGAGGAUAUCCGUCGUGACAUGGCCGUUGCAGGGGACCCGUAUCUGCCCCACGUCCAAGCAUUAGUGAACCGGGGCAACCCGAUUUCCGUCUACGAGUACUGGCAAUUGAACAAGCGGAAGCACGUCGCGCAGAAAAAGUAUCUCGAUAAAUGGAAUAACACCCGGUCACAGUCUGGAAGACCAGUGGAUAUCUUGUUGGCGCCGGCGAUGCCGCAUACGAGUAUCCCGCACCGGACGUUUAGGUGGGUUGGGUAUACCAAGAUUUGGAACUUUUUGGACUAUACUGCGUUGACGUUUCCGGUUGAUAAGGUGUGGAAGGAGAAAGAUGGGUUUGUGGCGGAAAAGUAUGUGCCGAGGAAUGAGUUGGAUGAGUGGAAUUGGAAGCUUUGGGAUGUUGAUGCGGUGGAUGGGUAUCCGGUGAAUUUGCAGAUUAUUGGGAAGAAAUUUGAGGAGGAGAAGGUUUUGGGGGCUGCGACUGUUAUUGAAGGGAUUUGGAAGAGUCAUCUGGAAGGGAAGGCUGGACAGGGAGAGUAGGAGGGAUCCGACAGGUUGUGGAGUUAGUUGACAUCUUUAUGAUAGUAUUAAAUUACCACUGCUUCAAGAAGAGAAAGG